AUGCGCAAAAAUAGCGCAUCGUCGAGCGUGGACGGCGCGCGACGCGCCCUUCGCGCGCAGCUCCUCGAUCGCUCGCGCGCGCUGCGCGAGCGCGAGCUCGACGCCGAGCGCGCGCUGGACUCGGCGCGGCGCGCGCGCGAAGACGCGGGGGUGGAACUGUUCGCGCUCCAGGAUGCGCUCGCGCGCGCGCGAGCCGAGUGGUUGACCCACGACGCCCGCACGCGGCGCGCGCGCGACGCCCGCGAGGCGAGCGAGACGGAGACGUUGGACAUCGAACUCGCGGCGCGCGCGGCGGAGCGCGACGCGACGGAGGCGACGGUGCUCACCGAGAGCGCGCGGGACGCGCUGGAAAUCAUCGCGCUCGCCGCGCGAGACGACGGCGACGCGGCGCGAGCGAUGGAGCGCGCGGUAAAGGUGACGGAGCGCGCCGCGAGCGUCGUUUCAGACGCGGUGGACGACGCCGAGCGCGCACGGAUCGAGCGCGAGACGCGUGUACGAUGUGUGCGGGAGUGCGUCGAUCGCGCGCGCGCGACGGCGACGGAGAACGCGGAAACAGCCGCGCGGGCGAGGCGAGACGCGGCGUCGAUUCGAACGCAGAUCGACGAUUGCGACGAUGCGAUUUCACACGUACACGCGAGCGUCGACGUCGCGCGCGAGAAGUGGACGUCGGUGCUCAAGCGCAUCGGCGCCGAGGACGCGACGCUGGAACGGAUUCGGAGAGACGCGCGCGAGCUCGCGGAAUCGAGUCGCGUCGCCGACGCUGAACGCGACGCCGCGCAGGAGUCCAUCGCUCGCGCACACGCGACGCAACGCGAACACGUCGAAGAGCUCGAGAGGCUGGAUAAAGAAAACGAGAACGCGGAUUCACUCGUGGUGAGCCUCAGAGCCGCCGCGGCGGACAAAAAGGCGCAACGCGACGCGACGCAGGCGACGGCGAGGAAGCACGACGACAUCUCACGAGGAGAGGAAAAGCGCGCGCGUGAGAUUGAGAUUGAGAUUGAAAAAGUCGACAAGGCGUACGUGGGGCACACCCAUGAGUUGCACGACGUCGAAGAACGCGCGCUCCUGCGCGUGGUGGACAAGAUGACGACGAAUAAGCUCGCGAAUAAGUUGACACAAGCCACGAGAGAUUCCCGAGCGCGCGCGCGUGCGGCGGCGAACGAAUCGACAGUGUUAAAACAUAAAGUGGCGCAGACAAAGGUGGAAAUCAUGCGCAUCAAGGAUGAAGAAUAUCUGACUGGUGAACGUUUGCGCGGAGAAGAGCUUCGCAUCGAGGAGCGACGAGACGCGAUCGACGUGUGCGAGGGAGAGAUCGCUCGAAAUGUUGAAGAGAUCGAGCGAUUAACGAUGAGCGUGGACGUUGCGAAUAAAAAGCUUGAAAAACUGCGCGACGCGUCUCCCGAACACGUGGGGCCACUGGAGGCUCAAAUUGCUCACUUGCGCAACGAGAUUAAAACAAACGAACAAAAUUGCGCAAAGGUUCGGGAGAUUUGGUUACAAGCGCAGAAGGCGAUGCUGUUCUACGGCGAGCGAAGUCGCGUAUACGUAGAAAACUUAGGGCACCUUGGAUACGAGAGCAGCGUGCUGUCGAAAAAGAAGGAUCGGCACGACCGCAACACUCGGAGAUUUGUGGCCGCGUGCGAAUCAAUCGGUAAAAACAUCGAGCGCCAGCGGCGCAAAUUAAGCGCGAUAGACGAAAAGAUAGCUCUCACAACGCGAGAGGCGCGUGAAGAGGCUAUCAAGACCCUCAAAUUAGAGGAAGUUCGAUUCGAUGAGAUUGAUGAACUCAGUGGAGAAAUCUCAAAACUUCGCGCCGAAAUUCGAUCGAGCGAGGAAACGAUGCGUGGCGCGCGAGAAGAUUCUGACACCUUGAACCGAGAUAUCACCCAGCUCGACCGAAGAAUCGCGCUCGAGCAGCGCGCGCAAAUCAUGUUGGAUCCGACGAGAGGGAAUCAUGAGGUGACGACCGCCAGGAAGGAGAACGCCAAACUCGCCGCCUUGCUGCAGCGCCUCGAUUCGCACCGCAUUCAGAUUGCGUCAAAAAUAGAAUCCUGCGUCAAACGUCGCGAGCUCAUCGUCGCGAAAGGAGACGUAUUCCAAGCGAAGCUCAAAGCUAAGGGUGAUAACCUGCGCGAGGCCGAAACCUUGGCCGCGGCGAAGCGCGCGCAGAGCGACGUGAGAAGACGAUUGGCGGAUGCGCAUAAAGCGACGUCAGAGUUCACGUUGAAAGUGACCAAGCUCGAGUCCGAGCACGCCGAUGCACGACGAGCGCACGACGAUAUCGCCAAAAUGAUGUCCGAGCUGAGCGAGCGGCGCGACUUUUUGCGAGUGAAGACGACGACGCAAUUACGCGAGAAGUACGAGCGAGCGUUGCUUGAAACGAGCGGUCAUCAAAAGUUGGCGCGCGCGCUUCAGGAACCGUGCGAGAAAGAAGACACGAACGACGAUGCGGGCGAUCGAGAACGCUACGAACGACUCAUCGAUAAGCUAGAACAAAGACGCGAUAACAUGCUGGCGUCGAUUCGCGACGAGAUCAAUCUCCAUCCCCACCUCGCGCAAUCGCUGAGACGCGCAAAGUCCUACUUGAGCGUCUCCUGA